AUGGCCCAGCAUUCAGCAUCCGUGUGCCAUGAGGAAAAGUUAUUUUCAGCACCUCUGCCGCCUCCUCCAUGCAUCACCAAGCCGCCUCCUUCUCCCCUUACUAUUGGGGAGGGUACUCUCAGGAACCUCAAGGAUGAACCAGACCAUCUGGGUCCAGGAUCCUUGCUGUGGAAAGUGCCCAUCGAACCUCUAGGGAGUCAGCUGCAGCAACCGCAGCCAUCUACUCCUGAUCCGUUCCUGGACCUGCAAGUUCCUUCUCACUCUCAUACUUCCCCUACUUCUUCCCUUGGUCACAACUGGCUGCAACAACCUCAGCCAUCUACUCCUGAUCCGUUCCAGGUCCCGCAAGUUCCUUCUCACUCUCAACCGCCCACUCUUGAUGCUGGACACCUUGGAGCUAGGGAUCCCAGGAUUAGUAGGUUGAUUGCUGCUGAUUCAUUUAAUAACAUAACUUUAAAACACAAAGAAACUCAUUUGUCCGCCAUGAUGGACUCACAGUAUCCGCUCCCUGCACCCACCUUGGCAAGCCGUGCGCCUACUCCUUUCCCUGGUCCGCAACCUCCGGCAAAUCUUUCACUCACCGGCACCAACCAGCUCCUCCCUCACAUCACGUUGUAUACGGAAGCAGCCUUUUCAGUGACGACAACAGACUAUUCUUUUGAGAUUGUCAACGAGGACCCCCUCAACGACAUCAUCAAGCCCUUCAACUAUUCCCUACCUAUGUAUCAAUAG